GUGCCUGUCUGUGAGUAGUACAAUAAUAUGAUUUUACGCGACACGGCCAGUAAACUUAUGAUAUUGCAUUAUUGCUUGUAAAUAAAUAAAUAAUACUCUAUUAUAAUAUGAUUUUGUGAAUCCGGCCUACUAUCUUUUGGUUAUCAUUUUGUGACAUUGCAUUAAAAUAUUUAUUUCUACUAUCGUCAUUCGUACAGACAUAAUGUUAUAAAGAUGUUGUUGUUAUAUUGUUUUUUAUGUCUAUAGUCAUUACUCAUCCCGCAUUCGUACUACAUCACAAUCACUAUAAUUCACGAUAACUUUUAUUGUGUUAAAAAAGAUUUUAACGAAUAACAUUUAAACAUUACAAUUAAAUACUUAAUACUUAUACUUGAAUAUUUAUUUUACUUCUUAGUUACUUUAAUAGUUGAUGACUACUUGUAGUUAGUACUCUAGUGUAACACUCGUGGUUGGAAAUCGGUAUUAAUACGUCCAUACUAUUAAACUUUGUAAAUACAAUGUUUUCCCUGAGUUUAUUUAAUCAUAUACUUCAACCGUUCAACAUGACAUAUAGAUGUUGGUCAGUGUCCAUGCUUCCUGGCAGUGAACGAGAAGCCGUUGAUAGUGGAGGAAAAAUUAUAAUGCCUCCAUCUGCUCUGGACGCAUUGACUCGGUUAAAUAUCAACUACCCAAUGUUGUUCAAGUUAUCUAACAAAAGAAGCAACAGACAAACACACUGCGGUGUAUUGGAGUUUAUUGCAGAUGAAGGAAAAAUAUACAUUCCUUAUUGGAUGAUGAAAAACCUGUUACUAGAUGAAGGAGAUAUGGUGCAAGUUGAAAGUGUUUCAUUAGAAGUAGCUACAUUUUCAAAGUUUCAACCUCUAAAUUCCGAAUUCUUAGAUAUUACCAACCCAAAGGCUGUUUUAGAAAAUUGCUUGCGCAAUUUUGCUUGUCUGACUACUGGUGAUGUAAUAGCCAUAAAGUACAACCAAAAAAAUUAUGAAAUGUGUGUGUUGGAAACCAAACCGGGUAACGCUGUUAGUAUCAUUGAAUGUGAUAUGAAUGUUGAUUUUGCUCCACCAGUUGGUUAUCAAGAGCCUAAGCAUGAAAAAAAACCAGCUACAGAAGAUAUGAUGGUUGAUCCUGCUGAUUUAAUGCCAGAACUAUCUGGUUUUAUAGCGUUUAAAGGUUCAGGCAACAGAUUAGAUGGUAAAAAAAAGAAAGAAAAUACUGACGAUCCACUUAAUCAAGUUAAAGCAGCAUAUCAAAGAGGUAUUCCAGAUUAUGAGUAUACUUUAGGAACUAUACAGUUCUUAAGGAACAUCCGUCCAGUUAUUAUUGACAAAGAGAUUGAAAAUCAAGAUGGUUUUAAGCCAUUUGCAGGAUCUGGAUCAGUACUCAAAACAAAAACAAAGAAAAAUUAAUAUAGUUUUCUUUCAUUACAUGUACAUAUUUGCUUAAUAUAAGAAAAUUUUGAUUUUAUAUAGUGUAUUGUUUUUAAGAUAAUUCAAUUUCUUAUUGUAAAAAGGUUUUAACUUUGUGAUUAUUUGAUAAUUAAAAAUAAAUAUUUCAUACAUUAAU